AUGUGGGCGACCAAGCUACUGAAUUUGGACAUAAAGACUGCUCAAGAAAAGAGAGUAAUGGAUCUCCACGAACUUGAUGAGAUACGGUUGGGGGCUUAUGAUAAUUCAAGGAUCUACAAGGAAAGAACCAAAGUCUUUCAUGACAAAAAGAUCCAACAUAAGGAUUUAAGAUCAGGAGACAAAGUCCUUCUAUUCAACUCGAAGCUUUGGCUGUUCCCCGGGAAGCUCAAGUCGAGAUGGUCAGGGCCCUUCGAAAUUAAGGAGAUUAUGCCUUAUGGAGCAGUGACCCUAGUCGGGAAAGAUGGGACUGAGUUUACCGUUAAUGGGGAAAGAGUGAAGAAAUACAUGGCGAAUGAGAGCACAGAGGUGGGGACAUCUCUGUACCUCACCGAUACUGCACCAGUCUGA